ACUUGCUUUUAGGAUAACCACUCUCAUCAUGUUCCCCCGUCAGAAACCUAUUGGUCAUUUCUCAUUUCCAAAUCCUCACUCUUCUACCCGCUUUUGUUAAAACUAUCGUAAGCCCGCAGAGCACGAUCAGACUAGUCUCAGUGCUUUCCCGUUCCCAGUCCUCACUUACUCCUUGACUAGAAGAAAAUAAUGGCGUCCAUGGCGUCGGUUCUCCGGCGUAAGCUCCGUGUGCAGCCGUUUCUUCUCCAGCUGCGUUUCUUCUCCGCGGAAUCGCGUCCGCAGCAACGGAUAGAGAAGAUUCUGGUAGCCAACAGAGGAGAGAUUGCUUGUAGGAUCAUGAAGACUGCUAAGCGCCUAGGGAUACGAACCGUCGCCGUCUACAGCGACGCUGAUAAGGAUUCGCUCCAUGUGAAAUCCGCUGACGAGGCCGUUCGUUUAGGUCCACCUCCCGCUCGGUUGAGUUAUUUGAACGGUUCGUCGAUUGUGGAUGCUGCAAUUCGUACUGGUGCGCAGUAAAUGUAUCUGGUGGAUUAUUAGGCUAUCCAUCCAGGUUAUGGAUUCUUAUCAGAAAGCUCAGGGUUCGCUAAACUUUGCGAAGAUAAGGGUCUUACUUUUGUUGGCCCUCCAGCCUCAGCUAUCCAGGAUAUGGGUGACAAAAGUGCAUCAAAGAGGAUAAUGGGUGCUGCAGGGGUGCCACUUGUACCCGGAUAUCAUGGUAGCAAUCAGGAUAUUGAAUUUAUGAAGUUGGAAGCAGAUAAAAUUGGAUAUCCUGUCUUAAUCAAGCCAACGCAUGGCGGUGGAGGAAAGGUUUUUAGGGAAUGAGGAUAGUGGCGACUCCAAAAGAAUUUGCGGACUCAUUCCUUGGCGCACAGCGUGAGGCCGCUGCUUCUUUUGGUAUAAAUACAAUAUUGCUAGAGAAGUAUAUAACCCAGCCGAGACACAUAGAGGUCCAGGUAUUCGGAGAUAAACUAGGCAAUGUACUGCAUUUAUACGAAAGGGAUUGCAGUGUGCAAAGGAGGCAUCAGAAGAUUAUUGAAGAAGCCCCUGCUCCAAAUAUAACUCAUGACUUCCGCUCCCAUUUGGGUCAGGCUGCUGUAUCUGCAGCUAAGGCUGUGGGUUACCACAGUGCUGGAACUGUGGAGUUCAUUGUGGAUACUCUCUCUGGGAGGUUCUAUUUUAUGGAGAUGAACACCCGUCUGCAGGUUGAGCAUCCUGUGACUGAGAUGAUUGUUGGUCAAGAUCUUGUGGAAUGGCAAAUCCGUGUUGCUAAUGGAGAACCCUUGCCAAUUAGCCAGUCAGAAGUACCAUUAUCUGGUCAUGCCUUUGAGGCUAGAAUAUAUGCAGAAAAUGUCCCCAGGGGGUUCCUUCCUGCAACUGGAGUUCUUCACUACUAUAAUCCUGUUCCAGCUUCAUCAACAGUGCGGAUUGAGACUGGAGUUGCACAAGGUGACACUGUUAGCAUGCAUUAUGAUCCUAUGAUUGCAAAGCUUGUAGUUUGGGGGGAAGACCGUGGUGCAGCAUUAGUGAAACUGAAGGAUUGUUUAUCCAGAUUUCAGGUUGCCGGUGUACCGACUAAUAUAAAUUUUCUCCAAAAGCUUGCUAACCAUGAGGAAUUCAAAGAUGGGAACGUGGAAACUCAUUUUAUUGAGCACCAUAAAGACGAUCUCUUUGUUGAUCCUAACAAUUCAGUGUUAGUGAAAGAAGCCCAUGAUAAGGCCAAAUCUGUUGCAUCCAUUGUAGCUGCAUGUCUUUGUGAAAAAGAUAAUUAUGCUAGUGCAAAUUUCCCAGGGGCUACAAGUUCACUCUCAAUAUGGUAUUCACAACCCCCUUUCAGAGUUCAUCAUAAUGCUACACGGACCAUGGUAUUUGAAUGGGAUAAUGAAAGUGGCACAAACAGCUCGAAUCUCUUCACAAUUUCAAUCACUUACCAGCAAGAUGGCUCCUAUCUGGCUGAGGUGGGAGAAGUUGGUUCUGCUGGUGUGGAGGUUAAACCGAUACAUCUAGACAAGCACAAUUUCACAGUUGAAGUUGAUGGUGUGAGCAUGCAAGUUAAUUUGGCUACUUACGUCGAGGGUGGGGUAGAGCACAUUCAUGUAUGGCAUGGAUCAGAGCAUUACCAGUUUAGACAGAAGCUUGGGCUUGAGUUUUCUGAAGAGGAUGAAACUCAACAGAAGACCAAUCUGGAGAAUGCAUCUCACCCUCCAGGAAGUAUUGUUGCUCCAAUGGCUGGUUUGGUUGUUAAGGUUCUGUUGAACAAUGGAAUGAAGGUUGAUCAAGGCCAACCCGUGUUAGUCUUGGAGGCAAUGAAAAUGGAGCAUGUAGUGAAGUCACCAUCUUCUGGAUAUAUUCAUGGACUUCAAGUUGGAGCUGGCCAACAGGUUUCAGAUGGUAGCUGCCUCUUCAUUGUCAAGGAUCAAUAAACGUCUGCCCUGAAGUAUGUUCGGUUGGGAGAAAACGGGGUAAAGUGCGCCAUCCAAGUGACUGGUUCUGUCAUUGACAAAGUUAAUCUUCAGCAGGUACGACCUCCGGACUUUUCCUGGUCUCCACAAAGCAUAACUCCCCUGGCGUAAGAGGGGGAUGCCACGGCUGUAUGCUGUUUGUAAGUAGUUGUGUUUCUGCAGUAAAUGCUACAUAAUCCGUCUCUCAGCUUCUUACUUCCGACUGCUCCCUGCUGCUGGUUAGGCUGAGGCUGACCAUGCACUGCACGAACAAACAUAAUAAAUAAAUAAGAACUUCCCUUUUGGGACGCUUGUAGAGUUACUGGCUUCUUGUUGUUGUUACAAUCUGGGCAGUAAUGAAGGGAGUCUUGAAAAUGAGCAAAUUGUAGAACUUCAG